CCCCCCAUACAGUUACCCAAUCAGAGAGUACGUUGUCUUGUUGGACGUAAACUAAGCGGAAGUGAACGAACCACCGGGAAGGCGACACAACAGGAUUGUUAUCAACACAACAAGAUGGAGGCGGAGCAGAUCCUGUCUCUGUCCGGCUCAGCGCUGGCCCAGGCCGUCAGCUCUCUGCUGGAGACCCCCGGCCUCUACGUCUUCUCCGACAUCCUGGAGCUGCCUAACGUCCGAGAGCUGGAGAACGGCCCUCACGCCCCAAUGUACCAGCUCCUCAAUCUCUUUGCCUACGGAACCUACUGCGACUACAAAGAGCGAGCGGCGUCCCUCCCGGAGCUGACGCCGGCUCAGCGGAACAAACUUCGCCAUCUGUCCAUCAUCAGCCUGGCCUCCAACCUCAAGUGCCUGCCGUACUCGCUGCUCCUGCAGCAGCUGGAGCUGAAGAACGUGCGCGAGCUGGAGGACCUGCUGAUCGAGGCAGUGUACUGCGACAUCAUCCGGGGCAAACUGGACCAGCGCAACCAGCAGGUAGAGGUGGACUGCAGUGUGGGCCGCGACCUGGGCCCCGACGAGCUGCCCAACAUCGUCAACACUCUGCAGGAGUGGUGCGCGGGCUGCGAGGCGGUGCUGUGCGGCAUCGAAGAGCAAGUCUCCCGGGCCAAUCAAUACCGUGAGAGCCAGCUGAAAGUCAAAGUUCAAGUGGAAACGGAGGUGUUAAACCUGCAGAAAACCCUGAAGGCCAGCGCGGCCUCACCUUCGUCGGGUCCUGCCCCUGCUGGCGCGGCGUCCAAUCAGGAUGCCGACCAGCCGGCCGAACCACGAGACCCUGCCUCCUCUCAGGAACUGCGACAACCGGGAAAAAAAAGUUCCAAGGUGAAAGGGCUGCGAGGCAGUGGCAAGAUCUGGUCCAAGUCCAACUGAAGAUGUGACAAACGGCACCACCCAUCACGGCUCACGGGACAAAACCAGAAGCGUUCAAACAGUGAUGGGCGAGGCCCUCGCCACCGCCGCUCCCGCGGGGAACGUUUAGUUUUUUGUUUAGUCACCUAAUGUCAUCUGGACGGGAUCGCGCCAACGACUGUGUCCUCUUUCCCGACUUUUUUUUUUUUUUAAAGCAUGAACAAGAGUGGAUAGUCAGUCGCCUCGGCCCAAAAGCGGGAGCUUCUCUCCUGCGUUUUUGUCAUUUUUAAUGCUUUCAACGCGCUCCCUUUGACUUGGGCUCCUUUUUGCCGUUUCCCCUCCCCGCUCAGUUGAGAAUAAAUUGUUGGGAAAUAAAAAGAAAGGACUAAAUCUCA